AUGGACGCCUCUGGUACUAUCCAGGAGCCGUUUGAUCUUGUCCGUUUAUCCCUCUCCGAACGCGUCUUCGUGAAGCUCCGUGGUGAUCGCGAGGUGACGGGGAUUCUGCAUGCUUACGAUGGACAUAUGAACCUCAUACUGAGUGACGUCGAGGAGACUAUCAUGCUUGUUGAUGCUCAAGAGGGUGCACCUUCAGAUCAGGCGCAGAUAAGCGUUGCAAAACGAAAAAUGGAGAUGUUAUUCGUUCGCGGAGACGGUGUAAUUCUGGUUUCGCCCCCAUCUCGCUCAUAG